AAAAAAUACCACAGAGUAUUCAAAAAUCUUUAUUCGGAAUUUCUUAAAACAUUCCCCCUCCAAAUAAAAAAAUCUCAAAAACUAAAAACCCUCUCAGACAAUAAAAUCCUUCCAAAAAUCCCUCAAAAUUUUAUUUUUCAAAAUUUUAGGAGAACCAAAAGUUGUCCAUGUACCUUACAGCUGUAUAAUGCCUAAUAUUGAUGAUUUUAUCCAACGCUUUUCUUUAACUUCAAAUUCUUCAAUUUUAUUUUCAACUUGUCUUGGAUUUGAUCCUUCAAUGGUUGAAUUAUUUUUAUCAAUUAAAUUGGGUGCUCAAUUAAUUAUACCUCCAAAGGAAAUUAUUGGUGGAAUUUCUCAUUCAAUUUUGAAAAAAUUUGAAAAAAUUAAUUUUGUUCAGACUACCCCAGCACUUUUACAAUGUUUAUCAACAAAUUGUUUAAAUUUUAUUUUUGGACCAAAUUCUUCAAUAGAAUUUUUACUAAUUGGUGGAGAAAAUUUUCCCUUAAAUUUAAUUCGUCGUUAUAUUAAUUAUUCUACAGGAACAAGAAUUUUCAAUGUUUAUGGAAUUACUGAAGUUAGUUGUUGGGCUUCCUGUUUUGAAUUUAAUUGUCACAAUAUUGGACAUUUUUCUAAUGAGUCAAUCCCUAUUGGAACUCCAUUACUCAAAACAAAAUUUGAUAUAAAUGAAGAAAGAAUUUUACAAAUUUAUGAACGUAAAUGUUUUGUCAAUUUUUUUAGAAAUAAAGAAGAAGAACCUACAAAUACUGGAGAUAUUGCUUUUGUUAAAAUAAUUAAUGAAGAAAAAUUAAUUUGUGUCAAAAGCAGAUACAAACCUCAAAGUCAACUACCUUCACUUGAAUUAGAAUCUUUUAUUUUAAAUGCUUUUCCUCAAAUAAAUUUUGCUAAACUUGUAUUUGUCGGAGCUUGUAAAUUUUUAUUCUUAAAAGCGGAUGGAGAAGUUCCAGGAAUUAAUACUAAAAAUAUUCUCACUAAAAUACCUAAACGUUUGUGGCCAACAAGAAUAUUUUGUAUGGGCGAAAUGAAUAUACGUUCUGACUUUUUAACUUUAAAUGGUAAAAUUGACGAAACAAAAUUAAUUGACUACAUCAAAUUAAAUUAUUACAACAAAUUCACUUCCUUUUUAAAUUUUUUAAACAAAAAUUACAACAUUCCACUAAACCCAACUUUAUCCAAUUUAUCAUCUUCACUUCGCUAUUAUGGUAUUGGAUCUUUAGAAGCUGUUGAAAUUUGUUUUUAUCUCGAAAAUUUUUCAACAUCAAAAAAUAUUUUUGAAACUUUUGGGGAUAAAAUGCAAUUUAUUUUGGAUGAAAACACUACACUUGGAAAUUUUUUAAAAAUUUUUGAAAAUUCUGAAACAAAUGGAAAUCAAAUAAAUAUUGCUGGGGAUAUUGGAAAAGAAGGAAAAUACAAGGAAUUUGAACUAAUUAAUUCAACUUUAAAGUCAAAAGAAUAUUGGAAUGUUGAUUUAGGAAAAUGUAUUGAUGGAACCCCUGUUUGUUCUGAUGGAAUCAUCUAUGCCGCCUCUCAUUCAGGAGCACUUAAAGGAAUUUCCCUUACUUCUGGCUCUACAAUAUUUAAUUAUAUAGCUGAAAAUGAUCGUUUUGAAGCUGGAUGUGUUGUAAAUCAACAUUAUAUGGCUAUUGGUAUUUGGUUAAAAUUUUCUGAUUUUUUCAUUUAUUUAGGUGGAUUUUCUGGCAAUUUAUUAAUUUUUGAAAAGAAUUUAAUUACAAAUCAACAACCCUUGUUAACAAUUUCGUGUUCUAGUGAAAUUCGAAUGACGCCAAUUUUUGAUGAAAAAUUUAAUUUAAUUUGGGGUGAUUAUUCUGGAAUUAUUUACAAUUUAAAUAUUCAAAAUGGAGAGUUGAAACAAAUUUUUAAUUGUACCAAACAUUCUUUUGGAUCGCUUAGAACAAGUCCUUUACUUGACAACAAUUUGAUAAUUUUUGCAACUUUAAAUGGAUUUCUUUUUGCUAUUGACAAGAUUAGUGGACAACUCUACUGGCAAACCAAACUUGAUUCACCCAUCUUUGCUCAACCUAUAAGCUUUUCAGUGGAUGAUAAUCGUUCUUUUUGUAUAGUUUUGACGGUUAAAGGUGGAUUAUAUUGUGUUAAAAUAUCUGAUGGAGACGUGGCUUGUCAACUUAAUCUAGACAACAACACUUCUACAACUAUAACAAAUACCCCAACAUUUUUUGAUUCUCCAACACCUUUAAAUUCUCCCGCCAACAAUUAUUUUUUAAUUUCUGCUGGUAAAUCACACUUACUUUUAAUUAAAUAUAACGAGCUUAACAACAAUUUUGAAUUAAUUAAACAAAUUAUUUUACCAAACACAACAUGUAUUGUUAAAAGACCUCAAAUUUUGAAUGAAGACGUGUUUGUGCUUAAUUCUACGGGUUCUCUUUUUCUCCUCAAAUCAGAAACAUUAAUUUCUAACAACGACAAUCAACAACAACCUUUAGCAGCUCAUUUAAUAAUUGAUCUCAAAGCUGAAACAUUUGGACACCCAUUAAUUUUACCCUUAAAGAAUAAUGAGGAAGAAGCUUUUAAUAUUGUAAUUGGUACACGUAAAAAUUUAUUACAUUGUUUUGUUUUUAAUAAUAAUCAAACCGAGUGA